GUUGGGAUUUGUCAAGAAGUGAACUAUGACAUUAUAUCAAUUUUUACUACUGUUUCUGUUCUGGAUAUGCCUGCCAAAUUUCUGUUCUCCAGAGAUACUGUUCAAAAGGACUUCUGUGCCCCAAAAAAGAAUUUUAGGUGCACGUGUACCAAGGAGUGAUGGCAAAAUUCUGCACCGUCAAAAACGUGGUUGGAUGUGGAAUCAGUUUUUCUUACUGGAAGAGUACACAGGAUCUGACUAUCAAUAUGUAGGCAAGCUUCAUUCAGACCAAGAUAAAGGAGAUGGAUCACUCAAAUAUAUUUUAUCUGGAGAUGGAGCUGGUACUCUUUUUAUUAUUGAUGAAAAAACAGGUGACAUCCAUGCCACAAGAAGAAUCGAUAGGGAGGAAAAGGCCUUUUAUACUCUCCGUGCACAAGCUAUUAACAGAAGAACUUUGAGGCCAGUAGAACCAGAGUCUGAGUUUGUGAUAAAAAUCCAUGAUAUCAAUGACAAUGAGCCAACGUUCCCAGAAGAAAUUUAUACAGCCACUGUUCCUGAAAUGUCCGUUGUAGGUACUUCGGUGGUGCAAGUCACAGCUACAGAUGCCGAUGACCCUUCGUAUGGGAACAGUGCCAGAGUCAUUUACAGCAUACUUCAAGGCCAACCCUAUUUCUCUGUGGAGCCUGAAACAGGUAUAAUCAGGACUGCUUUGCCAAACAUGAACAGGGAAAACAGAGAACAAUACCAAGUGGUAAUCCAGGCCAAAGACAUGGGUGGCCAGAUGGGUGGCUUAUCAGGGACCACCACAGUGAACAUCACACUUACCGACGUCAAUGACAAUCCGCCUCGCUUUCCCCAGAACACCAUCCAUCUUCGAGUUCUUGAAUCCUCCCCUGUUGGCACAGCCAUUGGAAAUGUAAAAGCAACUGAUGCUGACACUGGGAAAAAUGCUGAAGUAGAAUACCGAAUUAUUGAUGGCGACGGGACUGAUAUGUUUGACAUCAUAACUGAGAAGGACACACAGGAAGGGAUCAUAACCGUGAAAAAGCCACUUGACUAUGAGAGCCGAAGACUUUACACCUUGAAGGUUGAGGCAGAAAAUACCCAUGUGGACCCCCGUUUUUAUUACCUUGGACCAUUUAAAGAUACAACGAUUGUGAAAAUCUCCAUCGAAGAUGCGGACGAACCUCCUGUUUUUAGCAGAUCCUCCUAUUUGUUUGAGGUUCAUGAAGAUAUUGAAGUGGGCACAAUAAUCGGUACUGUAAUGGCAAGAGACCCAGAUUCUACUUCUAGCCCAAUUAGAUUUUCCUUGGAUCGCCAUACUGACCUUGACAGGAUCUUUAACAUACAUUCUGGAAAUGGAUCCCUUUAUACAUCAAAGCCACUCGACCGUGAAGUCUCUCAAUGGCACAAUCUUACUGUUAUAGCUGCUGAAAUCAACAAUCCCAAAGAGAUGACACGGGUGGCUGUUUUUGUGAGAAUUUUGGAUGUUAAUGACAAUGCCCCACAAUUUGCUGUGUUCUAUGACACUUUCGUAUGUGAAAAUGCCAGACCAGGACCCUUGUCAGGGCAGCCAGUGGUGACUAUAAGUGCAGUAGACAAAGAUGAUCCUUUAGGUGGACAGAAAUUUUUCUUCAGUUUAGCUGCUGUCAAUCCGAACUUCACAGUACAGGAUAAUGAAGAUAAUACUGCCAGAAUUUUAACCAGAAAAAAUGGAUUCAAUAGGCACGAAAUUAGUACUUAUCUCCUGCCCGUGGUGAUAUCAGACAACGAUUACCCAAUUCAGAGCAGCACGGGCACGCUGACCAUCCGUGUGUGUGCCUGCGACGGCCAAGGCAACAUGCAGUCCUGCAGCGCUGAAGCCCUGCUCCUCCCGGCCGGCCUCAGCACCGGGGCCUUGAUCGCCAUUCUCCUCUGCAUUAUUAUUCUGCUGGUUAUAGUAGUGCUGUUUGCAGCCCUGAAAAGGCAGCGGAAAAAAGAGCCUCUGAUCUUGUCGAAAGAGGACAUCAGAGACAACAUUGUGAGCUAUAAUGAUGAAGGUGGUGGAGAGGAAGACACCCAGGCCUUUGAUAUCGGCACCCUGAGGAAUCCUGCAGCUAUCGAGGAAAAGAAACUCCGGCGAGAUAUUAUUCCGGAAACUUUAUUUAUACCACGGAGGACUCCUACAGCCCCGGAUAACACCGAUGUCCGGGAUUUCAUUAAUGAAAGGCUAAAGGAGCAUGACCUUGAUCCCACCGCACCGCCAUACGACUCACUAGCAACCUAUGCCUAUGAAGGAAAUGAUUCAAUAGCUGAGUCUCUGAGUUCAUUAGAAUCAGGUACUACUGAAGGAGACCAAAAUUACGAUUACCUCCGAGAUUGGGGCCCUCGGUUUAACAAGCUAGCGGAAAUGUAUGGUGGCGGAGAAAGCGACAAAGACUCUUAA